AUGAAAACACUCUAUCUUAGUUUAUUCGCGGUGUUUGCUGCGUUAAGUGGCGCCCAUCCAGAUAUAAGAAGACCAGGUGACAGUGACCCUAUUUUAAAGAGGUUGACUGACGACCUCAUUGACGCAUACCAUAGGUAUGCUCCAGAUAUCAGGGAAGAGAUAAAACAAUUACAGGAAUCCAAUCAGCGAGCGAGUGGGACCAUGUCGGUACAGCAAGCACCUGCUGAGAAGACAAAAUUCCAUAUACAGAAUUUUACGGACUUCGAACGAAACUUACCGGACGGAAAUCCAUUUUAUGUGGGGCAAGCGGUCCUAGACGAAGUCACUCCUCAAGUAGCGAGAGCCCUAGGGGAGAAGUUAAACAGGUGGAUACCGAAUGGUCAAGAUUACGUGAAGUUAAUUCACAACUUCAUCUCCGACGAGCAGAUAUUGACAUUCCAAAUAACCGAAACUAACUUGUUCGAAGGACUAAAUACCAUUGAAGAAGUAAAAUAUAGAAAUAAGCCACUGGUAUAA